CGUAGCUACUGUGGACGUUUCCUUCCGCCCCCGCGGACCGGGGCGAACCGUUGUCACCGGGGAAGCGUGGUGACGAAAGUUGUUUCGGGGAUGUGCUCGCCCUGAGACAGCAGUGUUGAGGUGCUGGACUCCGACGUGUCAAGUUCGGUGACGCUUUUGAAAAACCUCCAGGAGCAGGUGAUGGGUGUGACGGCACAGGUACAAGCACUGACGAAGAAAGUUCAGGCUGGAACGUACUCUACAGAGAAGGGUUUGAGCUUCUUGGAAGUGAAAGACCAGCUGUUGCUCAUGUACCUUAUGGAUCUGAGCCACCUCAUCCUGGACAAAGCCUCCGGAGGAUCUCUGCAGGGACACCCUGCAGUUUUGAGGCUGGUGGAAAUCCGCACGGUUUUAGAAAAACUUCGUCCCUUGGACCAAAAACUGAAGUAUCAAAUUGACAAACUGGUCAAGACUGCAGUGACGGGCAACCUCAGUGAAAAUGACCCACUUCGUUUUAAACCCCAUCCCAGCAAUAUGAUAAGCAAGUUGAGCUCUGAGGAGGAAGAGGAAGAUGAAGCAGAGGAAGGCCAGUCUGAGGCUUCAGGGAAGAAAUCUGUAAAGGGAGCAUCUAAGAAAUACAUCCCACCACGCUUGGUUCCAGUGCACUAUGAUGAGACAGAAGCUGAGCGUGAGCAGAAGCGCCUGGACCGCGCCAAGAAACGAGCCCUGAGCAGCUCCGUCAUCCGUGAGCUUAAGGAGCAGUACUCAGAUGCCCCAGAGGAAAUCCGUGAUGCCCGGCACCCUCACGUCACUCGCCAGAGUCAGGAGGAUCAGCAUAGGAUUAACUAUGAAGAGAGCAUGAUGGUGCGUUUAAGUGUUAGCAAGCGAGAGAAAGGACGACGGAAGCGAGCCAGCGUUAUGUCCUCCCAGCUCCAUUCCCUCACACACUUCAGCGACAUCAGUGCUCUGACAGGAGCGACCCCCCGUCUUGACGAGGACCAGAAUCCUGUUAAAAAGCGGAGGAAGGUACCUAAGAAAGGCCGGAAGAAGAAAGGUUUUCGGAGGCACCGGUGACGAGCACCUUGUCAUCCUGGGAUCUAGUGUCACCGUAUGCGGCUAUUUUCCCUGGGCCUGCUGGCCUUGGAAAUGUGGGGACAUCUUUACUAAAUAAAACUGCUUUUGCUUAUGAAUGAAA